GGGCGACGGCGUGACGACGAUGCUGUUUUCCGUCAUUCCGCUUGUCUUUGCAGUUGGGAAAGAGCACAGGUGCUCGUCACCACCAACGGUGACGCGAGGUGGCACACUGUGAGUGAAUGAGUGCUUCUUUGCUUGGGAUGUUCGCUCGUCCUUUGCGCUUCAAACUUGCCGCCACCUUUUCUUCAUGAAGCAGUUCAUUAAUACUGAGAAUCUUGAUCGCAUCGGGCUUCGUCUUCUUUCAUUCCAGGACUUAGUGGACUCGUCUUACGCUCCGGCGGCGUUUCUGGUUAUUCAUACGCUUGUGAAGUGCGGGGCAUGUGGUAAUUUCUUGCUUGAUCUUUGGCCGGAGAUUUCUUGGUUCCUGAGGAGCAUUCCAUGUUAAGUGCAGGAGUUUUAUGAAUGUUGCAAGAUUGCGACCAGGUUGCUGUUGAGUUGCUGUUGACAGUGAGAAUUGGUCCCCAGAAACUUAGAAGUGUUUUGAUUUAAACGAGGAGCCGGGAAAUUAAUUGAAUAAUUCAUAUUGUUUCGAUUGAUUGCAGCCGGGGGUCUGAAGUGCGUUGUUAGAUUUGAUAUUAAUUAUGUAAGGGCACUACAAUCUAGACACGAACUGAUUCUGUAAGGAGACAUCGUAGAAUUUGUGGAUUACAGAACUGGUGAAAGAUGGCAGAAUCCACGGCGCCAGAGGGAGAUUUCUGGUUUGAAAGAAGACAUGGAGGAUUCAGAAAUUGGUCUGAUGCAGAUAGCGGUCAAGGUGCGUUUAGAAGCACAAGCUGUCGGGAAUCAGACGAUCAGCAGGAACUUGAAUGGGCUGCGCUUGAGAAGCUGCCUACAAACCACCGCCUCCACACGGUGAUUCUUGAUUCUGAAGGAGGUUCUCUGGCGAGUCGUGGAGCUAUCAAUGCAAGACGUUUGGGCGAAGGACAGAGGUCAAUUCUUGUGGAAAAAGCUUUGGCUACCAGCGAGCAGGACAAUGAGCGAUUUCUUUCCAAGGUCAAGGAACGUCUGCUUCGAGUGGGCUUACAAUUACCUUCCGUUGAAGUACGGUUUGAGGAUUUGUGCGUCAAUGCAGAUGUCCACGUCGGUAAUCGGGCGCUGCCAAGUUUAACUAAUUUUACUCGAAAUAUUGUUGAGGGUUUUCUGUCACACUUUGGGAUUUCCCCUAAGAUUAAGCGGGACUUUCCAAUUUUACAUGCUCUUUCAGGUGUCAUUAGACCUUGCAGGAUGACCUUGCUUCUAGGUCCUCCUGGUGCAGGCAAGUCAACUCUCCUACUAGCCCUGGCUGGAAAGCUUGAUAAGUCCUUAAGGACUUCGGGGAGGAUUACCUACAACGGACAUACGUUUGACGAAUUCAUUCCUCAAAGAACGUCUUCAUACAUAAGUCAAACUGACAAUCACAUUGGAGAGCUUACCGUCCGAGAGACAUUGGAUUUUGCAGUUCGAUGUCAGGGUGUUGGCUACAAACAGGACAUGCUGAUGGAGCUGGCUCGUCGAGAGAAGGAAUACCACAUUCGCCCUGAUCCUGAUAUUGAUGCAUACAUGAAGGCUACAGCUGUGGAAGGAAAAAGACAUAGUCCAGCAACAGAUUACAUCAUGAAGAUUUUGGGCCUUGAAAUAUGUGCCGACACUGUUGUAGGCAAUGAAAUGCUUCGUGGUAUUUCUGGUGGUCAGAAGAAACGUGUGACAACAGGGGAGAUGGUUGUUGGGCCAAAGAAGACAUUGUUCAUGGAUGAAAUCUCCACUGGUUUAGACAGCUCAACUACAUACCAGAUUGUUAAGUGCACUCGAAACUUCGUGCAUCUGAUGGACGGAACUGUUUUCAUGGCCCUUCUUCAGCCAGCACCAGAGACUUUUGAGCUGUUUGAUGACAUCUGUGUACUCGCUGAAGGUCACAUCGUCUAUCUUGGACCGAGAGAAGAUGUACUGGGCUUUUUUGAAGCAGUUGGCUUCAAAAUACCCCCACGAAAAGGAGUCGCAGAUUUCCUUCAAGAGGUCACGUCGAAAAUGGAUCAAGAACAGUAUUGGUAUGACCAUGGAAAACCGUAUCGAUAUAUUCCCGUAGCUGAGUUAGCAAAUGCGUUUAGAGAAUAUCGCGUCGGAAGAGAGUUGGAUCUGAAGCUUUCUACGCCCUUUGACAAAUCUAAAAGCCAUCCGGCAUCCCUUGUUGCGACUAAGUUUGCAUUGUCUAAGUGGAAUAUCUUCAAAGCGUGCAUGGAGAGGGAGUAUUUGCUUAUCAAGCGCAACAGAUUCUUAUAUAUAUUUCGGACUUGUCAGGUGGCCUUUGUUGCAAUCCUUGCGUCAACUCUUUUUAUUCGGACAAAGUUGCAUCCAACUAAUGAGAUAUAUGGGACGUUGUACUUGAGCACACUCUUCUUUUCACUCGUGCACAUGAUGUUCAACGGGUUUUCAGAAAUGUCCAUAACGGUGGCAAGACUACCUGUUCUUUACAAACAACGGGACAAUUUCUUCUACCCGGGUUGGGCUUUUUCAGUUCCAAGCUGGAUAUUACGUAUUCCAUAUUCAGUGGUUGAAGCUGUGAUAUGGUCAUGCCUUCUCUACUAUACGGUGGGGCUCACCCCAGAGGCUGGCAGGUUUUUCCGUUACAUGAUACUUUUAUUUCUUAUGCAUCAAAUGGCAAUCGGUCUAUUCCGACUCUUAGGUGCACUUGGGCGAACCAUGGUUGUUGCCAACACAUUUGGUUCAUUUGCCCUGUGUGUCGUAUUUGUGCUGGGCGGCUUUGUUCUCUCAAAGGAUAACAUACAUCCUUGGUGGAUAUGGGGGUAUUGGAUUUCUCCGCUCUCCUAUGCACAAAAUGCUAUUGCCGUAAAUGAAUUUCUCGCUCCUCGAUGGCAGAAGAUCAGUGAAAUCACGGGACGACCAUUGUAUUUGAGUUUACUGCAGAGUAGAGGAAUAUUCACGCGUUGGUAUUGGUAUUGGAUCGGUUUCGCUGCUCUUAUUGUUUACAUCGUGGUUUUCAAUGUAUUGGCGAUUCUUGCUCUCCAACAUUUGAAUCCUCUCGACAAACCUCAAGCCACAGUUGCAGAAGAUACUAUAAAAGAAAAGGUUGAGGGCCGUACACUUGCCACUAAAAGAAAGAGUGCAAGCAUACGUGAUGGUUACUGUGUUCGUAAUGCUCGCCUAGCAGAAGAGGUGCAGAUGGAAGACCUCUACAGUGUGGAACAUAAUGGUGCGCCUUCUCAGACUGCUGUCGUUGUUGCAAACCAUAAGAAAGAAAGCCAGGGACAAAAGGGGAUGGUCUUGCCUUUUAAACCCUUGGCAUUGACUUUUCAUAACGUCAAUUACUAUGUCGAUAUGCCCUCUAAUAUGAAAGACGAAGGAGUCAUUGCUGACAAGCUCCAGCUCGUGCGGAAUGUUAGCGGGGCGUUUAGGCCGGGUGUGUUGACUGCGCUGAUGGGUGUCUCUGGAGCAGGAAAGACAACCCUUAUGGAUGUACUUGCUGGAAGAAAAACAGGAGGAUACAUUGAAGGAGAUAUAAGGAUAUCUGGAUAUCCCAAGGUUCAAAAGACAUUUGCUCGUAUCGCAGGCUAUGUGGAACAAACGGACAUACAUUCUCCACAAUUGACUGUUCACGAAUCUUUAACAUACUCAUCUUGGUUGCGGCUACCCAAAGAUGUGGAUGCUAUAACUCGAGAGACCUUUGUGGAAGAGGUGAUGGAAUUGGUCGAAUUGAAUAUCCUAAGGGAAUCUCUGGUAGGACUUCCUGGCACAACUGGACUUUCAACAGAACAAAGGAAGCGUCUGACUAUUGCAAUUGAAUUAGUUGCAAACCCUUCCAUCAUUUUUAUGGACGAGCCCACAUCAGGAUUGGAUGCUCGCGCAGCUGCUAUUGUCAUGCGCGCUAUUCGGAAUACAGUAGAUACCGGAAGAACUGUCGUUUGUACCAUUCAUCAGCCCAGUAUUGACAUCUUUGAGGCAUUUGAUGAGCUUCUCCUUUUGAAACGUGGUGGACAAACGGUUUAUGCCGGACCUCUUGGUGUUGAAUCAAAGAUUUUGGUUGAGUAUUUUCAGGCAAUUGAAGGUACUCCUCCAAUUCAAGAAGGAUAUAAUCCAGCAACAUGGAUGCUAGAGGUCACAACUACAGGAGCAGAGUUGCGAAUCGGAAAAAAAUUUGAAGAUAUUUAUAGAGAAUCAAACUUAUUCCUGAUUAACGAUGAAACGAUUAAGAUGUUGAGUGUUCCUAAACCCGGUUCACAUGACCUCAAGUUUCCCACCACGUUCUCACUAUCAUCCUGGACACAAUUUAGAGCAUGUCUGUGGAAACAAAAACUGUCAUACUGGCGUAGUCCUUACUACAAUGCCGUACGGUUUUUCGUCACAGCUAUCUGUGCACUGAUCUUUGGGUCUGUCUUUUGGAAACUUGGUUCCAAAAGGCGUACCCAACAGGAUAUCUUUAACCUAAUGGGGGCCAUGUAUGCUGCUGUACUGUUCUUGGGAGUAAACAACGCAUCUGGAGUACAACCAGUAGUAUCAGUGGAGAGAUCCGUGUUUUACAGGGAACGAGCAGCUGGCAUGUAUGCAGCAUUGCCUUACGCCUUUGCUCAGGGAUUAAUCGAGAUUCCUUAUAUUUUAGUUCAAACUUUGAUUUAUGGACUUAUCACGUACUCAAUGAUUCAGUUUGAAUGGACUGCGGCUAAAUUUUUCUGGUACAUUAUGUUCAUGUUCUUGACGUUCUCGUAUUUCACAUUUUACGGGAUGAUGGCAGUUGGAUUGACAUCCUCACAGCAGUUGGCAGCAGUUGUUUCAUCUGCAUUUUACUCUAUUUGGAAUCUCUUCUCGGGAUUUCUCAUUCCUCGUCCAAGCAUGCCGGUGUGGUGGUCCUGGUACUAUUACCUCAGCCCUGUUGCAUGGACUCUUUAUGGUUUGAUUGUGUCACAACUUGGUGACAUUACUACAAUCAUAGAAGCUCCAGGGUUUGAUAAUGUUACAGUAAAAGAUUACCUGGAAAGUUAUUUAGGGUACAGGCAUUCCAUGGUUGGAUUUUGUGCAGCUGUUUUGAUUGGUUUCAAUGCUGCCUUUUGGCUUGUAUUUGCCUUCUCCAUUAAGUGGUUCAAUUUCCAACGGCGAUAGAUGCUCCUUAUAGACAUUUAGGGUGCUGCAUAUGUUGAACAAGUUGGGUAGUUUUUUCAUUCAAUUACAAAGCAGUUUUCAGCAACAGUGAAUUAGCAUAUCAGUUCAGUUAAUGACAAAGUAGAUACAGGAGUGGCUUGGUUUAAAUCUUUGCCUGUAGGGACAAAUCAAACCAGAAACAGCAGGACAAAGUAGAGAACGCAAUGAAGCUCUGGAGGCACCAUCUUGGUGUAGCUGAGAACUUCGAGGGCGGAUCAUAGAUCAAUUGUGCUUGAGUUCACAUUAGGUUCAAUUUGCCAUUGGAUGUGCACACAGUGCACAAUCUAUCACAAGAAUCCACUUUCUUGGAUGUUUGCAAUCCAUUGGCAACUGGGACAUAAGGUUUGUUAAGAUUUGAAUUUAAGGUUAAGGUUUUGUGGACAGCUUUGUUCUUGCACAAU